CGGUAUACACAGAUUAUAGAGCUCAAGUGCACUGGCAAUGCAGCACUAAUUUGAAGUUGUUUGCGUUGGUAUUGUUUUAUGAUGUCUACCCCACAAACAAUUGCCUAUUUCUAUGAUGCAGAUGUCGGUAAUUUUCAUUAUGGUCCAGGCCAUCCAAUGAAACCACAUCGUUUGUCAUUGACACAUAAUCUGGUGCUCAACUAUGGACUCUACAAAAAACUACAAGUGUAUCGCCCAUACAAAGCCAACAUGCAUGACAUGUGUCGCUUCCACUCAGAAGAUUACAUAGACUUCUUACAUCGAGUAACACCACAGAAUAUUCAAACCUUUACCAAACAUCUCAGUCACUUCAACGUUGGUGACGAUUGUCCAGUAUUUCCUGGCCUAUUUGAUUUCUGUUCCAUGUAUACAGGAGCGACGUUAGAAGGAACUACAAAACUCAAUAAUAAUCUUUGUGAUAUUGCAGUCAAUUGGGCUGGAGGUUUACAUCAUGCCAAGAAAUUUGAAGCCUCCGGAUUCUGCUAUGUCAAUGACAUUGUCAUCGGCAUUCUUGAACUACUCAAAUAUCAUCCUCGUGUAUUGUACAUUGACAUUGAUAUUCAUCAUGGUGACGGUGUACAAGAAGCAUUCUACCUAACGGAUAGAGUUAUGACAGUCUCAUUCCACAAGUAUGGUAAUCAUUUCUUCCCUGGUACAGGUGAUAUGUAUGAGAUCGGUAUGGAGAGUGGACGUUACUAUUCCAUUAAUGUACCUUUGAAGGAUGGCAUCGAUGAUCAGAUGUACUUUGGUCUCUUCAAGCCGGUUAUUCAAAGUGUCAUGGACUUCUACAGACCUAGCUGUAUUGUGCUACAGUGUGGAGCAGACUCGUUGGGAUGCGAUAGAUUAGGAUGUUUCAAUCUCAGUAUCAAAGGCCACGGAGAAUGCGUCAAGUUUGUUAAGACAUUCAACGUACCUACAUUAGUGCUUGGUGGUGGAGGAUAUACAGUCAGGAACGUAGCUCGCUGCUGGACGUUUGAGACAGCACUACUUCUAGAUGAAGAUAUUAGCAAUGAACUUCCUUAUAAUGAUUACUUUGAAUAUUUUGCUCCUGAUUUCACUUUACAUCCGGACACAACGACACGAAUUGAAAACCUGAAUACAAAACAAUACAUUGACCAGGUGAGACAGACAGUACAAGAGAAUCUCAAGUGUAUAGCACAUGCUCCUAGUGUACAGAUGCAAGACGUACCUCCAGAUCUACUCAGUUUAGAUGAAACAGAAGAACCAGAUCCUGAUGUUAGGAGUAGCACCAAGGAACAGGAUGAAAGGAUUGAAGCAGCCAAUGAAUUUUAUGAUGGGGAGAAGGAUCAAGACAAAGAAGACGGGGUACUAGACGUAUGACACUGUGGACCUUUUCAUGUUGCUGAUGCUAGUCUGUCUUUGUCGUCUUAUCCUGGAAUGCUUGUCAACAUUGCUUUCCAUCCAUUGACUACAUGUAUGUGUUGCAUUGAGUUUGUUUUUAUAUGUACAAUCAACGUAUCUACAGACAUUAUCUCCAAUGUGUUGGAGAAUGUUUAUAAAUGUACAGCUUAUAAAGUUGUAUUUAAAAGAAACCAUUACAAGGUUGCUUUAAAGGGUCUGGGUACUUUUUGUAGGACACAAAACACAAAGUCCACAGAUUUACUUUAACUAACACGAUU